CCGCUUCCUCCUCCGGCUCCUCCUCCUCUCCCCUCCGGCCCUGCGGACUGUAAACACGGACAGGAGCGUUCAGCGGUCCGUUCACACCUCUGGACGGACGGAUGCUUUUGCUCGUCCUGUAGGGGCUUUUUGGAGCUUUCGGAGCAGCUCGGAGCUUCAGGACAACUGCCCCUCUUACCCCACUCUCCCGCCUCACCUCCUUCCCCACCUUCGCCGUCCGUCUGUGUGCUUGAGAAGCUCCAGCAUGUCUGAGCGCGGCGGGCUGCCUCGGGCUGGCGGAGCUCCGUCCCCUCAGCCCUCCAAAGCGGUCAACAUCAGCUCCAGCCGGCCCGUCCACAUGAACCUGUACGCCACCUGGGAGGUGGACCGGUCAUCCCCGAGCUGCGUGCCCAGGCUCUUUAACCUGACUCUGAAGAAGCUGGUCAUGUUGAAGGAGUUGGAUAAAGAUUUGACCUCUGUGGUCAUCGCAGUCAAGCUGCAGGGAUCAAAAAGAAUUCUGCGCUCAAAUGAGAUCUUGUUGUCUUCAGCUGGAUUGACAGAGACUGACCUGCAGCUUACUUUUUCCUUACAGUACCCUCACUUCCUCAAGCGUGAUGCUAACAAGCUCCAGAUCAUGCUGCAGAGGAGGAAGCGCUACAAGAACAGAACCAUCCUGGGCUACAAGACCCUCGCCUUGGGCCUCAUCAACAUGGCUGAGGUGAUGCAGCACCCUACAGAAGGUGCUCAGGUUUUGGGGUUACACAGUCAGCUGAAGGAUGCCUCAGUGCCGGUGGCUGAGGUCAGAGUGUAUUCUCUCUCCAGCCAGCCAAUCGACCAUGAGGGGCCUAAAGCCAAGAUGAACGAUCGGUCUCCAGACAUAGAUAACUACUCUGAGGAGGAGGAAGAGAGCUACUCGUCAGAGCAAGAGGGGAGUGAUGACCCUGUUCAUGGACAGUAUCUAUAUGAUGAAGAGGAUGAGGUGAGGAAGAAGAAACCACGGCGUAAACUUGCAUCCGGUGCCGCCAUCACCAGACAACCCAACAUCAAGCAGAAGUUUGUGGCUCUGCUGAGGAGGUUUAAAGUUUCGGAUGAGGUAGGGUUCGGUUUGGAGCAUGUGUCUCGGGAGCAGAUUCAGGAAGUGGAGGAGGAUUUGGAUGAGCUGUAUGACAGUCUGGAGAUGUAUAACCCCAGUGACAGCGGUCCAGAAAUGGAAGAGACCGACAGUAUCCUCAGCACACCAAAGCCUAAACUCCGGCCAUUCUUUGAGGGAAUGUCUCAGUCCAGCUCUCAGACUGAGAUCGGUAGCCUGAACAGCAAAGGAAGCCUGACCAGAGAUCCUUUCAGCCCUCAGGGGGAGCAGCCGCCUUCUGAUAAAAUGAAGCAUUCCCGCAGUCGUAACCUGGAGGAGGCUCAAACUGAAACAGACACACUGGAGAUCAAUGAUCAGGAGCUGUUUCCGGAUGUCGCCCCUGCCAUCACUGUGUCUGUGGCUGAGAAACCUCGUACACCUCUAAAGAGCAGCAAGAGUGAAGGUCAAUCCAUGCCCUCUCCCAGGUUGGAUGGGGCGCACACUCCCCGACAGAAGCGCAGUACUCCAAUGAAGGAGCGGCAGCUCUCUAAACCGUUGAGUGAAAGAACCAACAGCUCAGACAGCGAGCGGUCACCUGAGCUUGGACACAGUACACAGGUGCUCAGGAAAGCUGUGUAUGAUCAAUUGAACCAGAUUUUGUUGUCUGAUGCUGCACUACCCGAGAGCGUCAUCCUUGUUAAUGGCACAGACUGGCAAGGCCAGUAUGUAGCAGAGCAGUUGCAGGUCCAGAAGCACCCGGUUGUGUGUACAUGUUCAGCAGCAGAGAUUCAGGCUGUGCUCUCAGCUGUUCUUACUCGCAUACAGAAGUUCUGUAACUGUAACUCGUCCAUGCCGCGGCCGGUUAAGGUGGCAGUGGUCGGAGCUCAGAGUUAUCUCGGUGCAAUCCUGCAGUUCUUUGUCAGUCAGCUUGCGAAUAAAACGUCUGACUGGCUCAACCACAUGCGCUUCCUUGUAGUUCCACUGGGUUCCCAUCCUGUUGCUAAGCACCUGGGUGCCCUUGACAACCGCUACAGUUCUGCUUUCCUGGAUGGACCGUGGAGGGAGCUGUUCAGCCGCUCCGAACCUCCACAAUCAGAUGUAUUGGACGUAGCUGGGCGAAUAGCUCAGUACAUCAGCGAAGCCACACUAACCCACCAGCUGCCCAUAGCUGAAGCCAUGCUGACCUGUAAACACAGGACGCGGGAUGAAGAUUCCUAUCAGAAGUUUAUCCCUUUUAUUGGCGUGGUCAAAGUGGGGCUCAUUGAGCCGGGCCAGUUGUCUACAGGUGAUGGUGAAGACGGUGUGGCUGUGAAUUUGGCCGUCCCCUCGACAUCUCCGCCCUCUCACAGUUCUCCUGCCAGUCUUAAAGAAACAGCAACGCCCCCUUCUUCUCCUUCUAUGGGUGCAGUUUUAGCAGUACAAGGGAGCCCCAGCAUGUCUCAUGGUGUGGACGCCAUCGGCCUACAGGUUGAUUACUGGCUGGCAUCGCUGGCUGAAAAGCGGCGCGAAGGUGAGCGGAGAGAUACGGGCUGUAAAAACACGCUGAAGAGCACCUUCAGGUCCCUGCAGGUCAGCCGACUGCCAGGAGGAGGUGCUAAUGAGCCACAUGCUCCUGUCAACACCAUGUCCAUGACUGUGGUCACCAAAGAGAAGAACAAGAAAGUUCCCACCAUCUUUCUGGGGAAAAAGCCCAAAGAGAAGGAGGUGGAUUCUAAGAGUCAGGUGAUCGAGGGCAUCAGCAGACUUAUCUGUUCAGCCAAGCAGCAACAGACCAUCCUCAAAGUGUCGAUUGAUGGUGUGGAAUGGAACGACGUAAAGUUCUUCCAGCUUGCAGCUCAGUGGCCAACACACGUAAAGUACCUCCCAGUCGGACUGUUCGGAUACAACAAACCGCCCUCCUAGGGCCACCCACUAGCCCUCUAACCCCGCCCCUUCACCCUGCAGCCUUGGCCCUAUUGCACACAAUUCCUGCCAAUCUGAACAGAAAGCUGGCCAAUUGUAGCAGAGCUGUGAGGAGGGAACCUGCCCUAAAUGUUCAUUUCUUUCUGCUGGGGGUAGGUGGCGUCGCAGGGGUCGUGUUGAUGGCUGAAAUGUACUUUUUUUAAGGCGCUAGUCACUUUUAUUUAUUGAAAAGGUCCCAGAGCACCAAAUUGUGAGGGACAAGCACAAAACGGCAGACACCUUCAGUCUACCAACAACAAUCAUAUUCCUGUCUGACAGCAUGAUGAAGCAGAAAUCCAAAAAAAUGACCUUUAACAUGACCUUUGACCUCAUUGAUGCAAAGCUAACAUGAUUGGCCUCACCGUCAGAGCUGUAACAGAACCAACAAAUGCUGUUAAGCUCUGAUCUGCAUGUCUUAAACUACAACACCCACAACCCACUAGUAAAUUAGUGUUAUUAUGCAACUUAUGUACUUGUGCAUGUGUUAAGCCGUGCAGCUACAGUUAGCCACCUGAAGCUAUGCCUUUUUCAGUUCAGUUCAGUCUGUAGAAGCUUGAUGACGCUGGGGUUUACUCAGUUAUCAGUGAAGUGGUUGCUGUGUCCAUGGAAUACUUUUGUGAGUUUUCCAUUGUUUUGUACAUAAGCUGUUGUGGCUUAUAGGAGCUUUCAGUUAUUUAGUUCUUAUAUGAGUACUUCGGAAAAGUGCCCUUUUAAAAUAAAUAUGUAGCUCAAUUAAAGGUUUUAUUUUUUUCUUCAUAAACCAUAUCUCCAAAGAUCACACUGGCCAAUCCGAAUGUAAACCCAUCGCACUGUCAAGCAGUAACAAAGUCACAAAGAGCAUGGUUAUAAUCUGACCAGCAUUCCACACACUUCAGUUGUCCUGUAGAUGGGAAAUCAUAAGGGAAAAUGGUUUCUUAUCAACUCAAGGGCUGAGGUCAAUGAAGUCCGUCAUAUGUAGGGUAAAGUCCCAUAAUAUUCACAACAAAAAAACAUGUAAAUCAUUGUUCUAUUAGCCAUCGCUAUUUUUUUUUUGACAAGAAUCAGCAAAUUUGGGCUGUUUAUGAAGGAUUGGUUCAAAGAAAAAAAAAUCUAAUUUACAGUUUUCCUUUUUUCCCAUAUUUCAGUUGGCAAAAUGUUUUUGCUCUGAAGCUGCAAGGAUAAUGUAGCUAUGUUACCCAGACUUUCUUUUACAUUACUGUUCCAGCUCCAGUGCAAAACUAAGCAGCAGUGCCCAGACACCAAACACCUUAGCUGAGCCAUUACAUCUGGAGUAAGAGGAAAACUGCAAAUCUGAUUUUUCAGUGAACCAGUUCCUUUAAGCAAAGAGCUCUGGGCUGGAUCCCUGUUGGUUGCUGAAAGCUAUGCACUUACAUUAGCUCUCACCUCUACACAUUUUCUUCCAAAGCACAAUAUUGUUCAAGAUUUUCUCUUUAAAGGAAACGGCACUUAAAGGGAUAGUUAAUCCAUACAGUGAAUGAAAGCAGUCAUUGGCAGUUAGCAAGCUGUCAUUGUUAGUGUGAACUAUCCCUUUAAAUUAAUAUUCCACACAAAAUUCAUAGUUUAACAUGUGAUUCUUCAUCUUGAACACCUCAAAGAAAUUCAGAUCCCCAGUAAUCAACAUAAGAGCUAGCACAGAGUUAACAAUUAUUAGCGACUAGUUUACGCGGGAGCCACAAUUUUAAUUCAGUUGACCAUUUAAACCCCAUCUAGGCCUGUCACAAUCAUGGAGUCUUAGCUGCUGAUCAGUUGGCACAUACAUUUUUGUGAUUUAAUACAAUUAUAAAUACAAUUUUUAUUGUUCGUUGCAUUUAUCAAAGUUCAAGCCAAAUACAAAUAUGCCAUUUUGCAUUCUGUGAAAUGAUGCUGACGGCCUCAAAUGAUGACAGAAACAGCUUGAAUUGAACAAACAAACAAACAAACAUUACUCACCACUGCCCUCAAAGAUGCUAUUGCAUCAGUAGUUGUUUAUGUAAGACCUGUGAGGUGACUUAUAGUUUUGCUUUCAUUCAUUUGCAUGAAUUUGCCUCAACCCAUCAGUUUUGAUGGGAUGUAAAUACAUGAUGGUGAAAGCUAACAACUGUGGAAACUGUGAUCUGCGAUCAGCUUAAAUAAUUAUCAGCCGAUUAUGUAAUAAUUGUGACAGGCCUACUGCUUCAUGUUUUGCCCACCAAAUAACAUUACCACUAAAAUGUAUAUUAGAGGGUUAUAUUUGAACAUGUGUCUUAUCAGAGUUUGAAAUUGAAUUUCAAAAUCUUUGAACUUGUAGAUGAAAGAAACGUCUCGCCCUCCAUUUCGUUAGUAUGGUGGGUACAGGCAGUAAUGGCUACUGCCUGGCAAUCAUGGUUUAUAUGGCUUAAUAAUUUAUAAAUUAAGCAAAUUUGCCCUUAACAGUUAAUGGGGAAGUAGGGGUGCAAAAAUGGAUUAAAAUGUCCAAAACUAGGAAAAAUUGAAUAGUCAUGAAUAGAGCUGGAUAUUGAGAUUCAUUAUCUUAUGGUGAUAAUCAAAUUACUUCAGUACUACAGAGUAUAGAAUAGUUCGCUCAUGCUUGUUUCAAAAGACUUGCUUGUUUCAAAAUCUAUACUGCUGAUUUUGGAAAUUACAUUCUGUAUACAAUGUUAACUCCAGUGCUUCUUGAGUAGUUUGCAGUCAUUUGUGGUCAUAUACCCAUUUCUGACACCUCACACUCAUGUCUGGUUUAAGCCUAACUCACUUUUGGUUUGUAAUUUUAAAAGAAGGUAUCAAAAAGGUAUCGUUCAUAAAUCGAUAUUGAAAUAAAGGUAUUGGUAUCGGUAUCAGUAUUGAAUAUUUAACAAUACCCAGCCCUAGUCAUGUUUGUUUGGAAAAUUUUACCUCGGGGGGGAAAAAAACAAUUAUAGGUUUUACAGUUUUUCAGUUUUUAGUUCUCUGCAUAAUGAGGACGUUUACACUAAUUAACUUCAAACAGCCUUUAGCCUGUCACUGGUUCUGCGUGAUUUUUGGCUAAGAAUCCUCAUUUCCGGUCAGGAAUCACAUAUUAAACUGUGUGGCAUGCUGUUUUAAGAGCAGAUCUGGGAUCAGGUUACUAUUCCUAAUCAGAGACUUUAACAGGAAGAGCUAAGAGUUGGUGCUGAUCUUCAGUCAGAACUUCAGAGCUCCUCCCUUUACCUGCUUAAGCUGCUACAUCGUUGUCGUAGUAAGAGGCAGCUUCUACUAAAGUGACAUUCUAUUUUGUCUAGGACGUGUGUGAGGUAUAUUUGUCGGUGUUAAGGUGACCAAGAUUUUAGUGUAUGAACUGUGGUUAUAUAAAAAAACAAAAAGAAAACAACAAUAUCUAUGAAAUAAUGUCGUGCCACUGUAAGAGUGAUGAGCGUUGGUUUGUCGUGUGUCGGUUUGUGUGCGCAUGUGUGGUAAUUUCAGUUGUCGCUGACCAGUUUUUGUGGUGUAAAUUUUUUUAACAAAUUGCUGACCCUGUCUCCACAGAAGAUUAUAUGAGACGUCUUUGCUGGCUCACUGACCUCUUGGAGGGGUGAAUUUGAAAGCAAAGAAUAUAACUUCUACCAUUUAGGCAGCAGAACCUACAGCAGAUAUGACACAAUAAUGAUGUGCUCAAUAGUGUUUUUGUGUCUGCAUCGCAUUCUAACUACUGAAAGCUUUGGAAAUGGAUACUAAGCAUCCAAACCAGGGUAUAUUGUGUGUGGCAAAAGUAUUACCACAGAUUUUAUGCUACAGUAUAAAAGGGUCAAUUACAACAUUUGCGUUUAAUACAUUGUUUUCUGGAGUGGUUAGUAAGCAAUAGUGGUUUUUUUUUUUUUAAAUAUUGCCUUCACAUUCUCACAUUUUCCUUUUUUGUGUGUUUAAGUGGGUUUUGCACAAAAGCCAAGCAUCUUGCCAGUUUGCAGACAUGCUACUAAAUGAUUCAUUGCACAGCACCUGUUUCCACCUCCCACUGACAUAAUAAUAUGCCAAAUACAGACUGGCAAAAGAUCCCAAACAUCUACAGGAUGAUUGAGAAUUCUCGUCUGGGACAAAAUACCCCAUGAGUCAGUCGCAAAACACCAAAUGAAUGCUUUUCUGUAUAAUUACUCAUUGCUUUUCACUGAUUUUCAUCUUUCUCUGGUUAAAUGUCUGUUUAUGACAUGUUUAAAACGAGCAAAAAUGGUAAUCUCAGAUAAUUCUUACAGUGACCUCAUAAAGAGAAGAAAUGAUAAACAUCUCAGCUCGAUUUAAAAUGCUUUCACUUGUCAGCAUUUCAUUAGUUUGGCAGUGUAACACCAUUGCUGCUACUGGCUCUGGUCUGAAUUUUAUUAGACGUUCCUUCAGGCUCCACCUACCAAGUCUCAAUGGGAUCUUUGCUAGAUCUUUGGUCAGACAAGGCCAUCAAUAAUUCUGUUUUGUCUGGGUCCCUGUUAUGGACCCUUUAGGCUGAAUUUGACCUUGACCGUCACAGAAAAGACUGCCAUAGAGGUACAUUGUGUUUGUAACAAAAGGACCACAACAAAUGCGAAGUCUGGGUGUGUAGUAGAUCAUUUGUUAAUUGUUAUUGUGAUGCUGGCCUUCUACGACUAAUAUUCUGACCAAGAACAGACGCUCCAGAGGAGUUUCUGUAGGAGGUGAAUAAAUCAUUGCAUUCACAUGAUGCAGCACUUAAUUCAUUUUGGUCAAAAAAAACAUUUUAGGCCUAUCUUUUAAAGAUGAAUUCAGCAGAUUUUUCAGAAUGUCUACAUCAUUAAAUCAAUAAAGUCAUUCAGAGUGGUUUAAUGUGAAAUGUAUUGUAAAGAAACUUACCAGCUCCGAUUUCUUCACAGUGGUAGUGGUAGGAACCAGGGGUCUAAAACUCAAACACAUAGCUUUUGUGUACCUUUCUGUCAGUGAUUUUUAGAAAACUAAUGCAAAACAAGGUCUCAGGCAUCAGCCAACAUAUUUGUAACCUGUUCAUGUAAUACCUUUCUGUGAGCUUUUGGAUGCAUUAUGAAUGCUUUAGAUGUCUGGUUCCCACUGUGAACAAUUCUGACUAGAUAACUUUAUUUAGGAUGGAGCACUUUACAUCAAAGCAUUCUGAAUGACUUUAUUUACAUUGAACAGAUUGAAUUAUGCUUUUUUUUCCAAAAACUGGUGGAAUUCCCCUUUAACCAUGUUAUAUCAAUGAUUUACUAAUGCAUGUUGUAAGUAACAUACUAAUGUAUGUUGUAAGUUGCUUGCAAUACAAAGCAAUAUAAUCGCAAUAGGAAAUUCCAUCUAUAUUGUGCAGCCAUAAUGUGAUCAUAGCUUGUGCUGAUUUUUCAGGCUGCAAACAGAUUCUUUGUGCAAAAUCCUUUUAACAGUAUGCACCUUUUAUGGAGAGCUAUCCUAAUGUGUCAAAGUGAAUACAUAAACACACAAAUGUUUAAAAAGAUCCAAUACAGCCAUAUUGACCUGUUUCUAAAGCUCAUUAGCUGAGGUUGUUCAAUGUCGUUUUUUUUUUUAAUAUAUGAAAUAUCUGAUGCUGUCAGGUUGUUUCUCACCACAAAGGGAACUGAGAGGACGUAAAGUGUCACUGCCAAAACGUGUCAGCUGUUACAUUUUCUAUCAGAUGGAGGCCAUCGUUCAGUGUUGCUGAUGUACUAGGAAUUGUCAUGCAUGGCCAUUUCCCUCCACUGUUACCUAUUUCAAUGCAAAAGCAUUUUACGGAGACGGAGACGCAUUUCAUUCCAACGACAACACUGUCUCGUUUUGUGCCGUCUCGCCGCCUACUUGUGGUCUGAAUGUGGACAGUGUGUGUUUCUCUCUCUGUGUGCUGUUCUCAGUCUGUUAUGAUGCCUGGCUAAUGUCUGGCCUUGGAUCAGUAAUUGUAGUCUGUGUUUUGUGUGACGUGACCGUUUUGUUGUCUUUAUCAAACAAAACCGUGGAAUUCCAAGCACACUGAUCAGAAAUGACUAAUUUGUACAGCCGAAAUUGUUGUGUUUUCUACUCCAACCCAAAGGCCUGGUUUACUAAUGCAGCAGAAAUUCUCAGCAACUGCAAAGCUAGAUCAAGAGUAGCACCUGAACAAUGAACAUUUUGUGGCUGAUACCAAAUUUAGGGAGCUAAAAAAACAAACAAAAACAAAACAAUGUCGGCCAACAUUUUAUAUUUACAUUUUGGGUUUUAAUCAGUGUGUUACUGACUGAUAUAACUGCCAGUUGCCAACUGUGACAUGCUCAAUUUGAUUCGGUUCGGAAUUGUCAGAUUUAUUAAAGUCUAACAGCAGAGGUCUCAAUACAAAUAUCGUAGCACUGAUUGCAGAACCCAGAUUUUUUUGUUGUUUUGGUUGUCACUGUCAUUUACCUCUUACUUUUGAUCCAUUUUCUCCAUAGGGACCCUGUCAUUGUAUAAGGUUUCACUCUAUCCUUAAAAGAUUGUGAGUUUGAAUCCUGCCAAAAAAAAGUCUGUUUACCUCCAAUAUGUUUACUGAUAAAACCACAUUGUCAGCAUCGGCCAACUGAUGUAUCAGUCAGGCUGUAACCUAGAGUGCAAUUUCUCAUGAUCACUGAUUGUAGAACCUGAAUUUAAGUUGUCAGUCGCUUUAGUAAAUCAGGCCCUCAUGAGAGUCUUUCUCUAAGUCUCAUCAUAAUAUUGAGAGAACAUUUUUUUUCUUGAAUUCCACAAGCUUUGGUGUGCGCUCUAAAUUUUGGCUAAAGUUAAACCCCAAGGCACAGUCAGUCAGUCGGUGUGGUAGAAUAGCACUCUUUCAUAUUUGGCACAAAACUUGUUGCUAGAGGGAGAAGCCGAGCUUGUGGAUGAAAAGAGUAUUUUUGCACAUGCACUUGUUUGUUUUAGCAGUCCUUAGCCGUUUGCCGUUUGCCUAUAAAAAAGAAAAUCAACAAUGCUUGUACAUAUCUUAAGAAGUGCUUGUAAUAUGAACCUAAGUUCUUUUAUUGUUAUUUUUUUUUUUUAUUCAACAUGUUUUGUAGUACUGCUUUUUUCAUGACUUGGUUGUCUUUUGGGUAAUGUGUGGGAUAUAAAUUGAAAGUGUUCAUUUUUUUUUUUUUAAAUAAACACACCUUAUUUGUA